GGAAGUGGACGCGGCCGGCAGCGGCGGGCGGCGCGGCGGGCGGCGGCUCGGGAGCUGCCAGGGGGCCGCCGGCGCGGCGGAGGCGCGGGUCGUCCGGCCCGGCGCGGCCUCGGGUGCCCAUGGGGCGCGGGGGGCCGGGCCGGUGACGCGGGGCCCAUGGACGCGGCUGAGGGGCCGCCGCCGCCGGUGAUCUACACCAUGGAGAACAAGCCCAUCGUCACCUGUGCUGGAGAUCACAACUUAUUUACCUCUAUUUAUCCGCCGCUUUCCCAGCAGCUUCCGAGGGAGCCGAUGGAGUGGAGAAGGUCUUAUGGCCGGGCUCCAAAGAUGAUUCAUCUAGAAUCGAACUUUGUUCAAUUCAAAGAGGAGCUGCUGCCCAAAGAAGGAAACAAGGCUCUGCUCACGUUCCCCUUCCUGCACAUCUAUUGGACGGAGUGCUGCGAUACUGAAGUGUACAAAGCUACAGUAAAAGAUGACCUCACCAAGUGGCAGAAUGUUCUGAAAGCCCAUAGCUCCGUGGACUGGCUCAUUGUGGUAGUUGAAAAUGAUGCCAAGAAGAAAAACAAAACCAACAUCCUUCCUCGUACUUCUAUUGUGGACAAAAUAAGAAAUGACUUCUGUAAUAAACAGAGUGACAGGUGUGUUGUACUCUCUGACCCCUUGAAGGACUCUUCUCGAACUCAGGAAUCUUGGAAUGCCUUCCUGACCAAACUCAGGACGCUGCUGCUUAUGUCUUUUACCAAAAACCUUGGCAAGUUUGAAGAUGACAUGAGAACCUUGCGGGAGAAGAGGACAGAGCCAGGAUGGAGUUUCUGUGAAUACUUCAUGGUGCAGGAGGAGCUGGCUUUCGUCUUCGAGAUGCUGCAGCAGUUUGAAGAUGCCCUGGUGCAGUAUGAUGAGCUGGAUGCCCUGUUCUCCCAGUAUGUCGUCAACUUUGGGGCUGGGGACGGGGCCAACUGGUUGACUUUUUUCUGCCGGCCAGUGAAGAGCUGGCACGGACUGGGCCUCCGCAAGCCCAUCGACAUGGAGAAGCGGGGGCUGAUCCAAAGACAGGAGGCUGCCCUGCUGGACCUGCGCGGCUACCUGUUCUCGCGCCAGUGCACCCUGCUGCUCUUCCUGCAGCGGCCCUGGGAGGUGGCGCAGCGCGCCCUGGAGCUGCUGCACAGCUGCGUGCAGGAGCUGAGGCUCCUGGAGGUGUCCGUCCCGCCCGGCGCUCUGGACUGCUGGGUAUUUCUGAGCUGUUUGGAGGUGUUGCAGAGGAUAGAAGGUUGCUGUGACCGGGCACAGAUAGACUCCAACAUUGCUCACAUGGUGGGACUGUGGAGCUAUGCCACGGAAAAGCUAAAAUCCUUGGGCUAUCUCUGUGGACUUGUGUCAGAAAAAGGACCUAACUCAGAGGAUCUCAAUAGGACAGUUGACCUUUUGGCGGGUUUGGGAGCAGAACGACCUGACACAGCCAACACAGCCCAGAGUCCUUAUAAGAAACUCAAGGAAGCAUUGUCAUCAGUGGAAGCUUUUGAAAAGCACUACUUGGACCUGUCCCAUACCACCAUCGAGAUGCACACGAGUGUCGGGAGACUCCGCUCCGCCAAGCUCGUCGGGAAGGACCUGGCGGAAUUUUACAUGAGGAAGAAGUCUCCGCAAAAGGCAGAAGUCUAUCUUCAGGGAGCUUUGAAAAAUUAUCUGGCUGAGGGCUGGGUCCUGCCCGUCACGCACACACGGAAGCAACUAGCUGAAUGCCAAAAACACCUUGGGCAAAUGGAAAACUACCUGCAGACCAGCAGCCUUCUGGCCAGCGACCACUGCCUGACUGAGGAGGAGCGGAAGUACUUCUGCCAGGAGAUACUCAGCUUUGCCAGCCGCCAGGAGGGCAGCCCUGGUCACAAGGUGGUACUGCCCAUGCACUCCUUCGCACAGCUGCGCGAUCUGCAUUUUGACCCUUCCAAUGCUGUGGUCCACGCGGGUGGCAUUUUGUCCCUGGAAAUAACCUUGUGCAGCCAGAUGCCUGUCCCUGUCCACAUGGACCAGAUUGCUGUCAACGUCCACUUCAGCAUUGAGAAAAACAGUUACCGGAAGACGGCGGAGUGGCUCACCAAGCACAAGACGUCCAACGGGAUCAUUAAAUUCCCCAGUGAGGCCUCGCCAUUCCCCACCUCGCAGAGCAGCCUGCCCGCGCUGGAGCUGUCGGAGAUGUUCGAGAGAAGCCCUUCCGACAGCUCUCUCAACACCACCGGGAUCAUUUGCAGAAAUGUGCACAUGCUCCUGCGGAGGCAGGAAAGUGGCUCGUCCCUAGAGACAGCCUCCGGGGUGGCCCUGGAAGACGGGGCCCACGUGCUGAAGUGCAGCAGCGUGACCCUGGAGCCGGGGGCCAACAGGGUCACCUUCAGGACUCAGGCCAAGGAGCCUGGAACGUACACGCUCCGGCAGUUGUGCGCCUCAGUGGGCCCUGUGUGGUUCGUCCUUCCGCACAUCUACCCCAUCGUGCAGUAUGACGUGUACUCUCAGGAGCCCCAGCUGCACGUGGAGCCUCUGGCCGAUAGCCUUUUGGCUGGCAUUCCUCAGAAGGUCAAGUUUACUGUCACUACUGGCCAUUAUACAGUGAGAAAUGGGGAUAGCCUCCAGCUCAGCAACGCAGAAGCCAUGCUCAUCCUGUGCCAGGCGGAAAACAGAGCCAUGAUCUAUUCCAACUCGAGAGAGGAGUCCUCCACGGCACUGCUCCGGAUCCAGUCCUCUGACAAGGUCACAAGCAUCAGCCUCCCUGCUGCACCUGCGUACCACGUGAUCGAGUUUGAGCUGGAGGUUUUGUCGUCCCCUUCGGCCCCCGCCGCUGGGGUGGAGAGCAGCGUGCUGGCCUCACCGGAGCCCCCCGGGAAGCAGAAGGACGACAGGCAGAGAGCUGCCGUUGGUAUGAUCACCACGGACCACAAGGUGUCCAUUGACUGCCCGUGGUCCAUCUACUCCACUGUCAUCGCGCUGACAUUCAGCGUGCCCUUCAGGACCACGCACUCCCUGCUCUCUGCUGGAGCUCGGAAAUAUGUCCAGGUUUGUGUCCAGAACUUGUCAGAACUCGACUUUGAGCUGUCAGAUAGUAAUCUGGAGGACACAGGCCAGGCUUCUGACCUGAGGAUAAUACCACUGAACACGCAGCCCCAGCAGCACAUCCACAGCAAGCAGUCGGUGUUCUUCGUCUGGGAGCUGACGUGGACACGGGAGCCUCCCCCCGCUCUGCACGGCCGCUUCUCUGUUGGAUUCUCCCCAGCAGCUGGAGAACAGCUGUCCGUCUCCUUAAAGCCCUACACGUACGAAUUUCAAGUGGAAAACUUUUUUACUCUGUACACCGUGAAGGCUGAGAUCCUGCCUGCUCCGGGAGCGCAGUACUGUAGGACUGGCUCGCUCUGCUCCCUGGAGGUGUCCAUCACGCGGCUGGCCGCCCUCCUGGAGGUGGACAAGGACGAAGCACUGGUGGAAUCCGAUGACUACCUGUCCACCAAGCUCAUGUAUGAAGUUGUGGACAACAGCAGCAACUGGGCGGUGUGUGGGAAGAGCUGCGGCGUCAUCUCCAUGCCGCUGGCUGCCCAGGCCACCCACCGCGUCCGCAUGGAGGUGAUGCCUCUGUUCGCGGGUUCCCUGCCCGUGCCCGACGUCCGGCUGUUCAAGUACCUCCCCCACCACUCCACUCACUCUUCGCAGCUGGAUGCCGACAGCUGGAUUGAGAGCGACGGCCUGCCGGUGGACCGGCGCCUGGACGACCAGCCGGACUGCAGCAGCGUGUGGAGCCGAGGCAGCGUGCACUCGGCUUCCAGUGGCGAGCUCAAAGGCUUGCCCAUGCCCCGCCUCCAGGCCCUGCCCACGGGCCAGGUCUUCAACUCCAGCACCGGCACACAGGUCCUGGUCAUUCCCAGCCAAGACGACCACGUCCUGGAAGUCAGCGUCACAUGACACCGCAGACGGCUGUGCGUGUACUUUAGGGACUGUGGCUGGGUUGCUGUGUGUCAUGACCUGCUGGCUCAGCAGACGUGCGUGGGUGACCCUGCCUGGCCACAGAGGCAUCGGGCUGGGUGUUCAGCUGGCCAGAGCCGCGGAGCUUCCCUUUAUGUUGUUUAACAAAGGAGUCAUUGUUAUUUCCUCGUCCCUCCCGCGCGCACCCCUCACGCGCGCUGCUCCUUCAGCGUGCCAUCAUCUCUGGUCUCCGCCGCCACCGCAACUUCCUGUCCUCUGGCACUGUGCACAGCUCACCACCUUCAGGGGACACCUGCCGGCCAUGCAGGCUUCUUACAACACUGUGUGCCGUUUCCGUCACACGGCUGCCCAUGUCCUGGACCGGGAGGACUCGAGGCCCUCCUCCGGUCCAGAUCACCUAGCUGUGCUUUUCCACACUAACACCUCUGGAGCAGUGGGUGGGGGUGCAGGGUGGGGCCAGGAGGAGACAUAACCCCUCUGUGCCUUGGAGUGGCAGAGCUGUGGACUAUGACGGUCGCCGUCUGGAGCCAUGCUAAAGUACUUAAGACUACCAGGCGGAAGGAACAGCUCCGUGGAGAAGUGGUUUAGGAAUAAAUGUUUCUGUAUUCCUGGCCCCCCUGAUGUUAACUGAGUAUCAUAUGCACUUGGAAUUAAAUAUAUAUUUAUUUUAAUUGUCUUUAUAAAUGUGGGGGUUAGUACGUUGUUUUUCUCUCACUUUUAAAGUCUGUACAUAUAAUUGUAGCCGUAUAAUCAGCAUCUUUCUUUGCACCUUAAGUCUCAGACAUUAAGCUGCUGCUUCUGGAGUGGAGAUCGGAGGGGCUCGGCGUGCUCUGGCCUGGCAGGGGAAGGACUGGGUCUGCAGCGCCGCCUCUGCUCAUCCACUCGGUUGCAGUAUACCAUACCAACGGGUGCGCUUACUUUGGGUUGUAAAUUUAAUUGUACAUAUGGUUGAUUUAUUAUUUUUAAAAGUACAGACUAACGGAUGUAAUGUUUAUGUAUAACUUGCACCAAAAAUCAAGGACAAAAUAAAUGUGCAUUUCUUUUUA